GUGUAUACUAUCGAGAUUUUCCGAGCAGAAGUGCGCUUCCUAUAUACUAUACGGCAAGAAAAUCGAUUGACGCCUAACCCGAUUUCUACUAGUAAAAUCUUACUAGUAAGGAAAGUCCGAGAACUUUAUUAGUAAACAACGUUGCUAGUAAUCUUAUCCGGACAAGCAAGCAAAAAAACUACUAGUAAGCGUACUAGUAGAGAGUUUACUAGGAGCAAGCUUACUAGUAGAAAACUGCCUCGCGGGCCGGUUCGCCCCGAGCUUCCGCCACAGAGCUCGCCCGCGCUGCUUGCUUCCCUUGCCCCCUGUGGAGGACCUAGCGCCGAGCAACCCGUGCCUGUGUGGUAGCGCGGGGCGUGGCGCGUGUUCCCGGGAAAAGGGGGCGCAGCCGUGGGAGGGCGAGUCCUUAUUUAUCUGCCCGAGGGUGGCGCGGCGCGCGCUGCUGGGCCCGCAAGUGCAGGCGAUCUAGCAGCUCCGGCCCCGCCACGGUGCCGGGGAUGGCUUUGCGCUUUGUUUGGGUCGCCACAUUUUGCCCCGCGGGGGCGGCCCCCUCUUGGUGUGGAUGCUCCCGCCGCCCUGCACAAAGAAAAAAGCGCCUUUUCUCGAUGCCUUAAAUGGUUAUCACACACAGCGGGCCCAGUCCCACUGUGCUGGCUGCACCUGCCUGGCAGGCCAGGUUCUCUGUCGCGCACGCAGUUUCCACAGCUGCGCCCCUAUGUGCCCCGUCAAAAGCAGCCCUGCCGCCUUGGAGGCGUAACUAGCAUGACGAGCAGCCGCCCGCAAGUCUCGCAGCCUGAGGGGGUGCUCGCAAAUUUAUUGGGAACCCGCGGAGCUUCUCCUCCGGAGAUCGCAAAUUUAUUGUUCUUUCUUUCUCCUGGACCCGGAGCUUCUCCUGCUCCUGGGGCCUGGGGCGGGCCCCUGUCACACCUAUUGUCUUUCUCCGGGGGGCUCAGGCGCACGGAAAAGCCCUGCGACUGCAGGGUUUUCGUCCCCCCUCCACUCCUUCCGCGCCCCUGCAGACGUCUUACAGGGAGAUCGGGCCCAUCGUUUCUUUGUCUGCUCCAUACCUCUCCGGCGGUCGCGGAGCGACCGCCCGUGCUAGAUAAUACUAUCGAGAUGUUCCGAGCAGAAGUGAAUCACUUUCAAAAGAAUCAUAGGGCCGAAAAAAAAAAAAAAUUUGCGUCCCCAACUGCCGUAGCGCCUGCAGCUUUUUUCCCCGCGCCAGAAACAGCUGGUCGGUAGAUUGCAGUGGGCGAAUGCUUGAGAAGGCUGCGACCAAAAGCCCCAGGCGUCGCAUUUUAGUAAGGAUGUAGUGCGCAGAAGAUGCCAUAGAAGUUACCACAAGACCAGCCCCAAAGCAUCACACCGUGGCGCAUAAUGCUACCCCGCAUGGUGCUACUGGCGCACUAUUCUUACUCUUGCCCUACUCUACUGUUACCAAGUGGCGAAAGAAGAACAGUGGAGGUGUAAUCACUUGAGAUGCUCAGCCUGUUUCAGACGAAAAAAAAGUCAAGCCCACUUGAUAUCUGCUUGGGUGAUUUGACGCGAAAAAGACGCGCUUCGGGCAUCAGUUUGAUGCCAAAAGUCGCGCUUUUUUGCAGGGGUGAUUCAAGCAGAUACUAAGCGGGAGGAGUCAAAUGAAUCAUAGGGCUAAUUGAUAGCUACAAAACGCAAGGUGAUUACACCUCUUUUUUCGCUUCGAAAAAGAUGAAUUUUUGGCAAAAGUUGUCACUUUUUCACAAAAUGCGACACCCUCGGAACGCUACGCCCGACGGUAUGGAGGUGUAAUCACUUCAGUUUUGUGGUGUCGCUUUUCCUAUCUUUAGCAAUGGGCUUUUGCUUGGUAUUUUGGGUUGCGAAUGCUUCCCCCGAGUUGUUUGCAAGCUAUUCAGGCGCGAUGGCCCCAGCAUCCACCCAUGGCCAUUGCGUUCGUCCCCCGACCGUAGCCACCAACCAAAUAGCGCAAACCUUAUCGAGAAAGGCGCGACUUUCCUGAGAAGCGUCGCUGUGUCUCAGGUUAUUUGGUUGUAUAUGUUGGGCGCUACUUUAUGCGUGCGAGCCGUGCCAUGCACUGCGGUACACGGAAAUUUUUUUUUUUUCCGUAUGGUGAUUCAUUUGUAAUGUGAUUCAUUUGCCCCUGUGAUAGUCAAGGUAGGUGUACAUUACCGAGAUUUUCCGAAAAGAAGUGCGCUUAGAAAAUCCUUUUUUCAAGAAAUGCUUUCUGUACAUUUUCAAUUGAUGACGUUUCUCUAUUAAAACUCGUAAUCUUCCAGGGAGAUCUAGAUCUUGAUCUAAAGUCGUGUCGCAGCCAAAAAAAAGAAAGCAUGAUAGGCUUGAUCUAAACAGGAACAGGAACUCCUACUUUUCAUGAUACAAGCACAUCCUCGAAGCAAAAUUGAAGUCACAAUGUCUGAGAUCGUAUUCUCAGUUUUAAGGGUAUAGUAGAGUCAAUGUCAACAAGGUCGGGAAAGCUGUCCCGAUUGAAACCAGAUUGGGCAGUUUCUAUGGCUGUGGUCGCAGCAAAAAACCUGAAUGUUAUAUUUUUUUUCAAAACUGACGCGAAGAAGGUCAGCGCGAUAAAGAUCGCGAUCGCGUAGCAGUAAAGAUUUUUCGCAAUUUUACCAUAUUAUGAGAAUACUACUUUAUCGCAGUACGUUGGAUUCUUGGCAUUGGUGCGUAUAAAAAUCAGGAAAUAAAGCAAGUAGGCGCCGUACAGAAGAGACUCUUUCUUAUUAAGAGCCUUCGCUUGGUGAAAAUAUUAAGCUUCUUGUGCUUUUUUACCUAGGAAGAAGGCAAAGGCGACGUGCUAGCUGUGGCACGACCUGUAGCAUUAGGUGAGGAGUCGUGGUUUGUUUGAAGAACUGCGCUUGUUGCAGCUCCGUCCGUAGCUUAUUAGACUCCUAUUAUUGGGCUCGGAUGACAAUUAUAUUUGUGUGAUAAAAACGAAAACGAUCGCGAUCGCGAUCACCAGAGGGGCGCUGUGGCGUAGUUAGAGGGCAAAGCAAAGGAACGGAACGUAGAUGCGGAAUAGGAUGG